ACAAUAAUUAAAUUUAAUACACAUAUUAAAAUUAAUAUUUAAGAAGAGCUAUACAGUUUUAGUCGAAACUGACACGUAAUGAGUGUUCAGUUUCGGUAAAAGUUUCUGUUGGACUGUAUUCAUAUAUAUAAUAAAGUUUACAACAUUUUAGCUAAUAUUUAAGUUAUAACAUAAAAAUUUAGAGCGCUUUAAAUUAAGUUUUGCAUAAAUCAUAGCAAUAAAAUUUUUUCAUGUUGCUGCUUCUAGGUGGAUUGCUAGCUAGAAUAGAUUCUAUCCAUUGUAUUGUCUGCGAUGCCGGCCUUUCACUUCAUUGUCACCGCAGUCUAGUAGAAUGAAAAGAUUCUAAUCGUUCUAUAGAAUUGCUAUAGAAUUAACGAAAUCCGACCGGAAAAUGAUCCAUAGCACAGAAUGUUGAAAUAAUGUUCUAUGCUGUAUGGGGAGCAUCAUGUAUCGCAGACUUAUUUGGUACAGAGAAAAAUUUUUUUUUAUUUUUUUUAGACAUCGUAAAACAAUCAAGAUGCAUCAAGAUUUACCGAUUAAAUACUCAAAAGCGGUAGAUCCCGAACAGGAUGAAACAGAGGAAAUGAGGGAGCAGGAACAAGAACUUGUAAUUCCCUUACCUGAUAACAUAUGGGAUAUUAUCUGGGAAGAAACAGGAAUUAUUGGAACAAGAGUGGGGACAACGGACGGCAUCCCUGCAGGUGCUGAGGAGGAAUCGGAUUUCGUCUUCGAGUCGGAAGAAGAGAUCAUGGACGUUUUCGAAGAGGUCAAGGACUUGCUUUUAAACUUCGAUGAAGUCAACCUCGGUGAGAACAAGAGAUAAAGGAUGAUGAGAAGGAUGUUAAGGAAGAGAAGAAAGAGAAGGAGAAAGAAGAGACUGACUGAAUAUCAGCAAUAAAUUUUUUAAAUAAUAAAUAUAUAAAAAAGCAAAGAAGCCACGCUAUGUUCGUAUCUAUAUAAUGUUCGUAUCUAUAUAAUAUUUAUAUGUUUAUCCUAAGAUAGCAAUAAUGCAAAAAUACAUACAGACGUAAAUUGAUAUCGCACAGAUUGAUAUCGGAUACUUUCCGGAUAUCCUGCUGUAUCUCUAAAAAUUAUAAUAUAUUUUCAAUUAUAACCGAA